AUGGAUUCGGCACUUUUGGAGAGUACUUCUUCGUUUGGAGAUGCAGUAUCGGAGCGAUUAACUGUUAGCUGUCCUCCUGAAUGUUAUACAGCUUCGCAUGCAGAAAAUUUUAUUGAUUUUGCUGCUUUGAUUCCCAAAGAGGUCGAUGAGCGCAAGCAUCAAAACAAUAUUAGAGCUGCAGAAUUACUCCCAUUCAAAAAGGAGCGACCGGAAAGACCAGGAGAGACUGAAUCAGCUUACGAGAGCGCUACUAUAAGUCGUGCAUGUAGCACUCUCCUGGAGGAAGGAGCAGGGGAUGAUGGAGAAGCAACACCUGAAACUGAUCGCUUCGGCUUCUUCCUGCCACAGGAAGGGGAGUCCUCAAGCACUUCUGGACCUAUCAUUAACUUAGUAAAACUGAGGAGUCGUGAAAUGAAGUGGAUACACAUGUUGGACAAUUGGCGAUAUUUUAUGGAUGAAAGACCCUGGAAAAGAGGCGCAACUCUAACAAUUGGUGGUUCGCUAACAUCACGAUUAUGUGGCUAUCAAGGAGAUGGGCUCGCUGUUUCUGCUGAGCCAAGACUGACACAUGACAUCCUUGUAUCCCGCACGUCGGUCCGGCCAAAAGCCUGCAAUCAAGUGACUGGGAGGUGCAAGGGAGGCGGUUUGGAGUCGCCUCCAACAAAUAAGCUCCACAUGUCCACUCCGGGAGAACGGAAGUUCUCCCAGAAAUUCAUGGUACUAGAGGCUUGCAACCUGCUCGUGGGUUUUAAAAUUUUCACGCAAAACAGUAAUAGAAAAGAGUCUUCUGAUUCCGGAGGAAAGCUUGGUACGGUAGCGCCAGGUAGGACGGGGUUGCAGGAGUCAUGUAGGCUACCAAAACGGAAAAGGACUAGGAUGGCGAUCUGUACUUACAACGCACGUACGCUUGCAUCGGAAGCGGCCAUCGAAGAUCUGAUGAUGCAAGUCAAGAAGAUCAAGUACGACGUCAUCGGACUGACGGAGACGAGACGACGUCUCAACGCCGUAUAUGAAACUGGAGAAGAAUUGUUCUUAGGAACAUGCGACAGUAGAGGUGUUGGUGGAGCUGGCGUCCUCGUCAACACGAGUAUGGCAAAGAACAUCGACUCUUUUGAACAACUUACCAUCCGAAUCGGACGUCUGCGGAUGAGAAGAUGUGGCUCAACACCAGCUUUGACUAUCUUCAUCGCUUACGCUCCAACAUCAAGCUACGAAGAAGAAGAAGUCGAAGCUUUCUAUAUGGACCUGGAAAAGUUCUACCGAGAAGACCAUGCCUUCUACAAGGUCAUAAUUGGCGAUUUCAACGCCAAGGUUGGCCCAAGAAGAACGCCGGAGGAACUUCACAUCGGGACCCACGGCCUACAAUGGAAUGACCAGGGAGAGAGGCUCUCCGAGUUCAUCAUGACGACUAAGACCGUCCAUGGGAACUCGCAAUUCCAGAAGCCCUCCUCUCUACGCUGGACGUGGGAGUCCCCCGGUGGAGGGUACCGUAAUGAAAUAGAUCACAUCAUCGUCAAUAAAAGGUUCUGCCUGACGGACGUCGGUGUUGUACCAAAGUCCUAUACGGGAUCGGACCAUCGCCUCCUCCGAGGAAGAUUUUCCUCCACAAGGAGAGCAGAGAAAGCCGCCAAGUUCAGAGAGAAAAAUCGCAGGACUACCAUCAACUGGGAUCUCUUCGCUACGCUAGCCGGCUUUUGGGAAGAUUCCGCAAUGGACAACAUCGACGAGGAAUAUGACCGGCUUGUUGAACACCUUCACGACUGCGCGAAGAAGGCUGAGAGUUUUAAAACCACCAAGAGGCGUCUGUCUCUUGAAACUCUUGAGCUGAUACGCCAACGUGGAGCAGCACGAGCCGCAGGGAACCAAGAACUCACGUCCGAGCUCGCAAGACUUUGCAGAGAGGAGAUAAAGGAAGACCUUAAAGAGAGAAGAGCAGAAGUGCUGGCUGAAGCUGCAGAGGCGGGGAAAAGCAUCCGCUAUGCCCGUCGAGACCUCGCCAGUCGCAAGACGAGGAUGACUGCUCUCCAGAACCCAAACGGAACAGCCAUUGCAUCGAGAAGGGGGAUGGAGAAAAUCAUCUACGACUUCUACUCUGAUCUCUUCGACAGCCAUGUGCCUCCUCACCAUCUGAGGGAAGAUGGACAAGUCAUUCCAGGGGUUCUCUCGUCCGAAAUACAACAUGCUAUCAUGUCGGUAAGAAAUCGUACGGCACCCGAUUCCGACAGAAUAAGACCAGAACACCUGAAGAGCCUUCCGCCAGUACUCAUCAACACCCUGGCGAGGCUCUUUACACGUUAUCUGUCGGAAUGCAAGGUUCCUAAACAGUGGAAGACCAGCAAGAUCGUGUUGUUGUAUAAAAAGGGAGAUCCACAUGACAUCGGCAACUAUCGCCCAAUCUGCCUACUGUCCGUCAUCUACAAGCUCUUUGCAAGAGUAAUCCUUAAUAGGAUUGAAAAAGUCUUGGAUGAAGGACAGCCAUGCGAGCAAACAGGGCUUCGAAAAGGAUUCAGCACGAUUGACCACAUUCACACUGUUUCGAAACUCAUCGAGGUAUCACGAGAGUACAAGAUGCCGCUCUGUCUCACCUUCAUUGACUUAAAGAAGGCCUUCGACUCAGUUGAGACGGAAGCGGUCGUGGAAGCCUUGGACAACCAAGGCGUCGCUACUCAGUGCAUAAAGGUACUUCGAGAGUUGUACAGUAACUUCACGACCGGAAUUUCGCCAUUCUACAAGAACAUCUUCAUUGACGUGAAGAGGGGGGUCCGACAGGGUGAUACAAUUUCACCCAAAAUAUUCACAGCCACCCUAGAGAACGCAAUGCGAAAAUAUUCAACAGUGCGAAGUAGAUGCAGGAAAGGAAUUCCUCCUUCAAUCCGAGGAAAGGCUUGGAAGUACCUUUGCGGAGCCACUUACCAAAUGGAGGUUUCUGCUAAUAGAACCGUAUUUGAUAGAUGCUUAGAUCAGGCUGGGGACCCUAAGUGGAUAGACGACAUCGAGAAGGACCUCAGCCGCCAGUUUCCUAAUCAUGAAAUGUUUUCUCGUUAUGGAAAAUACGGUGAUGGAGGGAAGGAUGAUCUAUUCCAACUUCUCAAAGCUUGGACAGUUCUUCACCCUGAGGAGGGAUACUGUCAAGGACAAGCGCCUGUAGCAUCCGUUCUCUUGAUGCAUAUGCCACUCAGAGAUGCCUUUUACUGUUUUGUACAGGUUUGCCAUAGAUAUCUUCCGGAUUACUACAGCCCUGGCCUAGAGGCUGUACAGGUUGAUGGUGACAUUCUCGCUCAGCUUUUGAAAGAGAAGUCUCGGAUCAGCUACCAACAUUUGAAAAAGCAUAAUGUGGAGCCUGUCUUGUAUAUGGUAGAAUGGUUUAUGUGUGUCUUUUGUCGGACACUUCCAUGGCCCACGGUUCUUCGUGUGUGGGAUAUGUUUUUCUGCGAAGGUGCGAAAGUCUUGUUUAAAGUUGCUCUCGUGCUUUUUAAAUAUGGACUAGGGACGAAGGAGCAAUGCAAGCAAUAUCCAGACCUACAUUCCAUAGUGACUAGACUCAGGAACUUGCCUCAGCAAAUAACAUCAGAGGAAUUCUUGAUGAGAAAGAUUUGUGAAUUGAACCUGAACGACGCUGAUCUCGAGAAAAUACAUUUUAGAGCGCUCAAAUUACGACAGAUUAAGAUUUCACAAAAAUAA